UUGAAGUAAUAUAGAAAAGACAAUGAAGGCAUCUUUGAUCGCGAGUUUCAUCCUGGUUGUGAUUUUUGUCGUUGCGGUUUCAUCCCAAAACAGCCAUGAGAACGAUGAGGGGUUCGAUUAUUCAGUUGGAAGUAAAUCAGUAAAAAAAUCCAAAACUAAAUCCCGCAGAUCCCAAAGUUGUCGUCGUAAGGUCCAAAGGAGCUGUACAUCUUCUAGCAAGUCCUGUGGCCGUCUCGGAAAGGCCAACAUCUGUACAUCCUUUGAGAACGAUUGUCAGCGUCAGUUGAGCAAUUGCGAUAGUGCUAUCCCAACAAAGUUUUACCGCAAAGUGAAUUCUAAUCUCUGUCGGGGAUUACCCAAGAAUACUCCUAAACCCUGUGGCAGUGGUUCCAAAUCUAAUAACAGCUAUACCCCUAUUAUUAAGGCUUAGAUAGGGAUGUACUUUUGAUUACAAAAGUUGUUAAAUAUUUUAAUAAUAUCUCUAAGUAAUACAAAUAUAUCAUGAAGUUGAUAAACA